GAGGCUGAUUCUGGUCGGGCACAGCCACGGCGGGCUCAGCUUGGCGCUAGCCAUGGAGAGGUUCCCCGGCAAGGUCGCCGCCGCCGUGUUCGCAGCCGCCGGGAUGCCGUGCGUUGGCAAGCACAUGGGCGUCACCACCGAGGAGUUCAUGCGAAGGACAUCAUCGGAAGGACUCAUGGACUGCAAGAUGCUGCCAAUCAAUAACAACCACGGUGCAGGGGUUGCAAUGAUAAUGGGCCCAAACUUCUUAGCACGCAAGAACUACCAGCAAAGUUCACCUGAGGAUUUGGCCCUGGCAAAAAUGUUGGUGAGACCGGGAAACCUGUUCAUGGAGGAUCCGGUGAUGAAGGAUGCAAGCCUGCUCACCGAUACCAACUACGGGUCGGUGAAGAAGGUAUAUGUGGUAGCAAAGGCUGAUGGCUCCAGCACCGAGGAGAUGCAGCGUUGGAUGGUGUUGUUGAGCCCCGGCACGGAGGCCGAGGAGAUCGCGGGAGCUGACCACGCCAUCAUGAGCUCGAGGCCUAGGGAGCUCUGUGAUGCUCUGGUCAAGAUCGCCGACAGCUUAAAUACUUGCUAAAUUGUACGAUAUAUAUCCCUGGAAAUCAAUGUAGGUGUGUACUUGAUUUUCAUCUAAAAAUAAAUAUGUUCAGUGAUACUAUUAAAUCAAUGGAAAUUAAGUAGUAUUACCUUCA